AUGACUGUUCGUUCUGCAACCUUGGAUAAUGAGGAAGUGCUCUCGCAAAUAUCGGAACUUGAAAAAAUUGUUGAUUCUACGGAUGAAUCUGCAAUCAAAGAAAAGGAGCAGUCCAUACUUGAUCUAGGAAAUCUUUUGGCUAAAACUAAAAAUGCACCAAAGCUUGCCGACCUUAUUCAGUCAACUCGUCAGUUCUUGCAACAAAUAAGUAAAGCAAAAGCUGGAAGAUUGGUGCGGGAAUUAGUUAAUUUGUUUUUGGAGUUAGAGGGUGGAACGGGCCGUGAAAUAGAACUGUGCAAGGAUUGCAUUGAAUGGGCUAAUGCAGAGAAACGUGUAUUUCUUCGCCAGGCCUUGGAAGCAAAGUUAAUGGCGCUAUAUUACAAGAAUUCCCGUUAUGAAGAGGCCCUUAAGCUUGGUAUGUACGAAUAA